UGUUUUCGUUCUAGAAAAACACCGAAAAUCGUAAUUCAGUGACUAUUUCCGCAAAAAAAGAGUAAAAUUUAUAAAGAUAAAUAAAUAAGACAUAAUGCUUUCAUCUAAGUUGGAGGUACUCGUAGACUUGGGAUCAAAGCCAGACGAACAGCUGUUGGAGAAAACAUUAAGCGAACUAAAAUUAAAAGAUGGAGUUCAAGAGGCUGUAUUUAAAGAUGGAGCCAUCGUUGUAGAGACAUCGUUACCGAGCGCUGUGGUGUUAGACGUAGUCACCAAAAUGUCAGGAAGGAGAGCCGUUUUACAAGGGUUUGGAGAGACCCAAUCAGCAGUAGCGAUGGUGUCCAGCCAGUCGUGCUGCAAAGCGAACGUGAUGGGCGUCAUCAGGUUCCAACAGACGCCCGAAGGUCCACUGGUAGCGGAUGGCAGCAUCGAUGGGCUAAGUCCGUCCAGUGUACACGGAUUGCACGUGCAUGACGCCGGAGAUCUUAGUCAGGGGUGCGAAUCAAUAGGGGGUCACUACAACCCCUACAAUAGUCCUCACGGGGGUCCAGACGACCCCAAAAGCAGUAGACACGCGGGAGACUUGGGGAACAUUGUUGCUGAUGAAAAUGGACGAGCUACGUUCAGGAUAUUGGACAAUGUACUUAAGGUUUGGGACAUAGUGGGGCGGUCGGUAGCAGUGUCAGCAAAGGUCGAUGACCUGGGCAGGGGAGGCUCGCCCACUUCGAGGGUAGACGGAGACAGCGGUACUCCUAUAGCCUGUGGAAUCAUCGCUAGAUCCGCUGGUAUAUUCCAAAACCCGAAACGGAUAUGCGCGUGCGACGGCGUCGUAGUGUGGGACGAGCGAGACAGACCGCUUGCGGGAAAGGGACGGAGGAAGGACACGGGCGAUGCGGGGGAGCGAGACAGCUGCUGCAAGAAAGAGACGGAGAAGAAACCGUGCUGUAAAUUUUGAGGGGUUCGAAUUUCAGAGCUUUAGUUUUGUGGUUAUUUGGUUUUUGUUAAGUUUAAAAUGCUAAUUCCAGAUGUCAAAUAGUUCG